AUGGAAACAAAAGAGGCAGCAACUAUUAAAAUUCAUGUAACAGGAUUCAAGGCGUUCCAUGGAGUUCCAGAGAACCCUACAGAGGCAAUAGUAUCUAAGCUGAAAGAGUUCAUCAGUAGAAGAGGAUUACCAUCUGGUGUUAGUCUUGAAAGUUGCACUAUUCUUGAGACCGCUGGAGAAGGAGCACUCCCCAUGCUUUAUCAAGUCUUGGGAUCAGGUAUCGGUGAACAAGUCAUAUGGGUUCAUUUAGGAGUCAAUAAUGAAGGACAAAAGUUCGCCAUUGAGCACCAGGCAGUAAAUGAAGCCACUUUCCGGUGUCCAGAUGAGCUUGGUUGGCAGCCUCAAAAACUUCAGAUAAUCCCAGAGGAUGGAGACAUUUCAAGAUCGAGACAAGUAAUUUACAAAAGUCUGCUGUUUUCCCCAAAUUCAAAUUUUCAGUGUCAAAAGAAUAUUAGUACCAACUUUUUUCUAGGCCGGUUUGUGUGCAACUAUGUCUAUUAUCAUUCACUCCGGUUUGCAGAGAAGAAAGGUCACAAAUCUCUCUUUGUCCAUGUUCCCCUCUUUUCGGUAAUCGACGAAGACACUCAGCUGCAAUUUGUUGCAUCGCUCUUUGAGGCUUUUGUGUCUACAUCUUGAUUUCCUUAUCAUAAUUAGUUUCUACUCUCUCCUGCCUCUAUGUAUUGUAACAUAAGAUCUGUGAUCUCUCUCUCUUAGACAGAGUGAAAAAUUAAACAGGGGGAAACCUGUAAGUAAUUUUUCCUCUUUG